AUGGCUCCAUGCCCAACAGGCUACUCUUCUCUCCACCAUAUGAGGAUGUCUGAAAAGGAUCACAUUAAAUUGAGAAAACCUUUAGUGGAGAAAAUGCGAAGGGAUCGCAUCAACAGCUGCAUCGAGCAGCUCAAAGUCAUCCUGGAGAAGGAGUUUCACAAGCAGGAGCCAAACUCCAAGCUGGAGAAAGCUGACAUCUUGGAGAUGACGGUGAGCUUCCUGAGGCAUCAGCUACAGACAGGACAACACCACAGAGACUACAGCCAAGGAAGCUCUCUCUGCUGGAAGGACGCCUUCUCUUCUGCGGCCGUUGCUCCUCUGCAGGGUCUCCAGCGGCAGGAACAGACACUCCAUCAGGCUCAAAAAGACCACAGCUCCUCCUCUUUGUGCUCCAUACUGCAGGACAGCAGCAGAGGGUCUGUGUGGAGGCCUUGGUAG